CUGGGCAGGCUGUUCCGGGGGCGGGACUGGGCUGGGCCUGCGGUGAGCAUCAGGCGUUGCGGCACGGGUGCUGCGGGACACACAGACACGCCUACGAUUAGACUCAGGCAGGCACCUACCGGCGAGCGGCCGCGGGUGACUCCCAGGCGCGGCGGUACCUCACGGUGGUGAAGGUCACAGGGUUGCAGCACUCCCAGUAGACCAGGAGCUCCGGGAGGCAGAGCCGGCCCCACGUCCUCUGCGCACCACCCUGAGUUGGAUCCUCUGUGCGCCACCCCUGAGUUGGAUCCAGGGCUAGCUGCUGUUCACCUCCCCACUCCCACGCUGCCCUCCUGCCUGCAGCCAUGACGCCCCUGCUCACCCUGAUCCUGGUGGUCCUCAUGGGCUUACCUCUGGCCCAGGCCUUGGACUGCCACGUGUGUGCCUACAAUGGAGACAACUGCUUCAACCCCAUGCGCUGCCCGGCUAUGGUUGCCUACUGCAUGACCACGCGCACCUACUACACCCCCACCAGGAUGAAGGUCAGUAAGUCCUGCGUGCCCCGCUGCUUCGAGACUGUGUACGAUGGCUACUCCAAGCACGCGUCCACCACCUCCUGCUGCCAGUACGACCUCUGCAACGGCGCCGGCCUUGCCACCCCGGCCACCCUGGCCCUGGCCCCCAUCCUCCUGGCCACCCUCUGGGGUCUGCUCUAAAGCCCCCGAGGCAGACCCACUCAAGAACAAAGCUCUCGAGACACACUGCUACACUCUCGCACCCAGCUCACCCUGCCUCACCCUCCACCCUCCCUGCGACCUCCUCAGCCAUGCCCAGGGUCAGGACUGUGGGCAAGAAGACACCCGACCUCCCGCAACCACCACAUGACCUCACUUCGAGGCCUUGACCUGUCGAUGCUGUGUGGGAUCCCAAAAGUGGCCGGCUUUGAUGGGCUGAUCAGCCCCUCGCCUGUCCAGGGCUAUUUAUGGGGAGGGGCCCAGUCAGGCAGGGAGCACUGAGCAGAUGGGAGCUGUGGCCAAGCCCACCUUCUGGGAAGCCCUAGGAGAGGCCCCUGCCUCAGUCUGCCCCGGGUGUGCUGGGGCAGGGGGAAGACGAGGAAUGCCCGCAGGUGGGGUGGUGGGGAGACUCUUAGGAGGAAAGGCUCCUCCAGGCCUAGUCACGCUUCCUACUGAGGCCAGGAGCUGCCAGGACCGGUACGGGAUCAGGGCUGUGGGAGGAGGGCCUUUGGCACCGGCCCCUGUGCUAGAAAGUCUGCCAGGCCCGAGUUGGAGCCACCCCCUCCAGGGGAGGGGGAGGCUCUGCCUCAGCAGGCCCCAGGGCCCCCGAAGUCACAGAAGCUUUUUCGGGUCCAGCAAGGGGUGUGUGUCCUCUCAGUCAAACCCCUUGACGUUUCCCACCCCCUCACGGGGAGGGCACCGGGCCUGAAGCUGGCAGGACCUAGGGCCAUGCUAUAUUUGGUGGGUCCUGGACGCUGACCCAGCCAGCGCUAUUCCGGGCAGGGAGGGAAAGGGGCAGGGCAGGUGGCCCGCCGAGGCCUGGUCCCCAACCACUGCAGGACCCAGCCUAGCAAGGCAAAGGACGCAGGACUGGGGGAUGCGCGCACAGGCUGGGGGUUGGGAGCAGCCUGGGGCUGGCGCGGGCCUGGGCGUGGGAAGGCGGAGCAUGCCACCCUCUCGUGGCCCUGCGGGGGCGGGAGUGGGGAGGGUGGGGUGGGGAGGGCGGAGACCAGCCCCUCCCCCACAGCGGGAUGCACACAGUGAGUGGGUCCCUCCAUCACCUUCCACCUGGGGAUGCACCCACUGGGAGGGCAGGGUGGAAGCCCCAGCUGGGUGUGUGGACUCCCAGGGACCCCACCCCAGGCCUGGGAAGCAGGGGUCAGCCCAACACGCACCAGUCCAUCCCCGAUGCAGGUAGCCCAGGGAGCACCUGCCCCUGCUGUGAAUGGGGCAUUCGGGGGCGUGAGACCUUUUGGUGCCAGCGGUCACGCUGCACCUGAGGCCCCCACCUGACCAGUGCUCCCAGCUCUGGUGUCCUGGGAAACCCUUCAAGCCAUCCCGCAUGGGCAGGAUGGUGACACAUCCAUGUAGUAGGAUUGUCCCGGCCCCAAAGUAUGGCCCUGGUCAGGGGAGCCCCUGCUGGAAAUUGCAUCUCCAGAGCUUUGAUGCAGGACCCCUGGGGGAUCAGGGAAUGAGGGUCUCCACCCCAGGGGUCUCCUUGCAGUGAGUCUAUAUGCAGACCUGCGUUCUGCUCCUGGGGCUGGUUCUGAAUGCCCAGCCUCAGUCUCCUGAGAACAUGAGGACGGGAGGGGGCAGAGUCUUGCUGAGGGCACACCCAGUUCCCGCUGGAGGAGGACAGUGCCAGUCUCCUGCAAAGGGGCCUUGGGUGGGAACGGGCCCGGAGUGGGAGGAACAUGACUCCCCAGAGGGAAGAUGGGCAUCAUACUGGGCCCAGAGCUGGGAAGGAGUUGCUGCCAGCACAGGGUGGGCCUGGACUCCCCUCGCCCCUUGGUUGUGGCUGUAGCCCUGAGCCUGGAGAGCAGGACUGGUCCGGGGUGGCUGGGAGGCUGCCAGGUGCCUCCCAGAGCUCCCAAGGGCCCCCACCUGCAAGUGCCAGCCUCAGGGCAGUGCCCAAAUGAGGCCCUCUCAGCUGCAGCCAGCGAUGCCUUGGGAUGCUCACUGGGAGGGAGGCAGCUUUGGGCUCCUAAGUCCUUGGGAGAGGCUGGGAGCAGUCACUGCGCGGCUUGCGCAAGCCCAUUGUUGGGUUGGGUGGCUUUCUCAGCCAGGGCUGGGAGGGACUCCAGGAUCAGGUCCUCCCUGUCUCGCGUCUCAGUGGGGUGAUGGGGAGGAGACCUGGCCACCCAUGGCUCAGGGGCAGCUGAGAACAAGGACCUGCUGGAGCUGGAAGUGCCGUGGUGUUGAGGGGUGGGGUGGGCAGCUUCUCACACCUGCCUCCUGCCUCCAUCUGUCCUCCUUUCCACCACCCUGACCUGUCCCAGCCCCACACAUGGUUCUGCUUGACUGGCCUGCCCUUGGCACCUGGCGUAGAGCACACAGAAGGCACUCAGCUAAUGCUGGGCAGGCCCACUCACGGGGAGUGUGUGGCUAUGCGGCACCAGGGAACCGGCACAGCAGCGCCGGCAGAAAUCACAGCAGUAAACUUGUCCGGGUUGUAUGCAUCAAGGUGGCGAGGGACGUGGGUCCCCCCACUGCACUGUGGCCCUGAGCACUGUAUAGCAGCCCAGCAAUGGGAGCCAUUAUCUUACCCCUUUGACAGAGGAGGACACAGAGGCACAGGGAGGUGAAGUAGCUGCCCCACACUAGUGCCUCCUCGCUCACUCACCACCCCCUGCACCACAGUGCAGCCGCUUCUCCCACCAGCUGGGGUUCCUUGGACCCCCAAGCCUGGGAAGGGGGAGGUGAGUUUGCAAAAUGGAAAGCUUAAAAGGAGAAAAGUGGAACCAGAGGUUUGAGAAGCCCUGAGUGGUAGAGUAAGGCCUCCAGCACUGCCUCUGGGUGCAGGGCAGAGUGGCAGAGGAGAGGGGGAGAGGCACCGGGCACCAUGGGGGCCCAGUUCCCACUCGGGGAUCUCUCUCGCAGAACCGAGGGUCCCCUUCAUGGGGGUAGAUGCCCAGGGCUAGCUGUUGCCACUGUCUGUGUGGACCUGAGUCCUGGACAUGCCCAAGUAACUCAGGAGUGGCUGCUUGGGCGGGCUCUGUCACCCUAGGAUGUUAUACAUUCUGGGAACUGGACAGGAGUGGCUGCUUGGGCGGGCUUUGGCACCCUGGGAUGUUAUACAUUCUGGGAACUGGACAGGAGUGGCUGCUUGGGUGGGCUCUGGCACCCUAGGAUCUUAUACAUUCUGGGAACUGGACAGGAGUGGCUGUUUGGGCGGGCUCUGGCACCCUGGGAUGUUAUACAUUCUGGCAACUGGACAGGAGUGGCUGCUUGGGCGGGCUCUGGCACCCUGGGAUGUUAUACAUUCUGGGAACUGCAAUCAGCCACUAGAGAAGUCGGAGCUACAGGAAGUGACCCUGGGGUGGGACCUGGGGACAUGGCUGGGUCGGCAUGGGGACACCCGGCUCCAGCAGGAGCUCUGGUCUGUCCUGGGGUCUUUGGGGGCAGGGCUGCGGCCCUGGGCAGGCUUCCUCCAGGCGGAGGUCCUGGGGAAGUGGGGGAGCCAGGCCAGCUGCCGCCUCCCCCACUAUGUAGCAUCUGAUUCGUCAUCUCUCAUGAAGGCGAUUUGGUUCAUAACUCUGAAACUCUGAAAAAGGUCAAAAGAAGCAGAGAGGCCCUCGGUGGAUAUGCCAGCUUUUCUGCCGGUGCUUUCUCCCACUACUCUAGGUGGUCUGCUCUCCUCUUCAAACCCCAGCUCGCGGGGAGGGCCUGAAUCUUCCAGCCCCUCAGGAUCUCCUUCCCUCUGGGCCCUCCCCAGCCUUAAGGAGCCUCCCAGACAGAAGGGUGGACAGAGCCACCUGGGCAGCCCGAGAGACACACGGGGGUCCUCCCUGUGGACAGCCCUGCCAGCUUCUGCCCAGCCCUGAGCUUUAUUUGCAUCUUGAGGAGUAAGGGGUGGUGAAAUGGGAAUGCUGGUCUGGCUCAGCUGGUCGUGGGCAUAAGUGCCCGCUGAAUGGCAUCUCUCCCUCCUGUCUUAUGUUCUGGGGUCCAGGUGCUUCCCAGGGCCAUGCCCCUGCUGCUGAUGCUUGCCCUAACCUUUACCCUAACCAGCGUCCAGCGUCGUCUCACUGAGCCGUGAAUAAAUCAACAGAUUCGCA